AUGGGUUGGCAGGCUCCCCCAUGCUUCACCGGGACGGCAGUGUUGAUCCUUCUUAUCAUCCUGCCGUUUAGUGUGUCCGACGACCGGCUUGUCCCCGGCAAGCCGCUCUCCCCUGGCUCCACCAUCGUCUCCGACGGCGGUGCCUUCGCCCUGGGCUUCUUCGCCCCCUCCAACUCCACUCCCACCAAGUUGUACCUCGGCAUCUGGUACAACGACAUCCCCGAGCUUACGGUCGUGUGGGUUGCCAACCGAGAAACCCCGGCCACCAACACCACUUCAUCAUCUGCAUCACCAACACUCUCCAUCACCAACACCACCAAUCUCGUUCUCUCGGAGGGAGAUGGUGGUGAACGUGUUCUUUGGUCGACAACAACCAACAUGGCUCCCGCACCAGGGUCGUCUCCCCCGACGGCGGUUCUUCUCAACACCGGCAAUCUCGUCAUCCGCUCGGCAAACGGCACCAUGCAAUGGCAAAGCUUUCAACACCUGACUGACACGCUCCUUCCCGGCAUGAGGAUCCGGUACAAGUACGGGGCUCGUGUGGACAACGAGCGCGUGGUGGCAUGGAAGGGCCCUAGCGACCCCUCUCCCGGGCGCUUCUCCUUUGGGGGCGACCGGAACACGCUCCUCCAGUCGUUCCUCUUGGACGGGUCACGCCCGGUGUUACGCAGCGGCACGUGGAUAGGGAACCUAGUGAUGAGCCAACGCAUGAACAACAACUCCAUUAUCGUCUACACCGCCUUCGUCGACAACGAUGAAGAGAUGUAUUUCACGUAUACCCUCUCCGAAGGUGCCUCCCACACAAGGUACGUGGUGACCUACUCAGGCGAGUACCAGCUCCAAAGCUGGAGUGGCUGGACAUCAACAUGGGAUGUCCUCUGGAAGUGGCCAUCCGCGGAAUGCACCCGCUACGGCUACUGCGGCCCAUACGGCUACUGCGACGAGACAUUGUUGCCAGCCCCAUCAUGUAAAUGCCUUGACGGUUUUGAGCCAGCAAACAUUGAGGAGUGGGCCAAUGGUAGGUUCUCAACCGGGUGCCGGCGGAAGCAGCCGUUGCGCGGGUGUGGCGACGGCUUCUUGGCGUUGCCAGGGAUGAAGUCACCAGACAGGUUCACUCGCGUAGGCGGUGGCGGGAGUAAAAGGACAAAGAGCAAUGCAUUGAGGAUUGUGCUACCAGUUUUCGGCAUUAGUGUUCUCGUGCUCAUAUGCAUCUCCCUAGCAUGGUUCAAAUUCAAAGGCAAGAAAUUUAAAUGGAGAAAGCACAAUAAUAUACGGGUGGAUAAUGCGAGUACCUCUAAUGAGCUUGGGGAAGAAAAUCAGCCCCAUGAUCAUGAAUUCCCGUUUGUAAGAUUUGAAGAAGUUGCCUUCGCAACUCACAAUUUCUCUGAGACAUGCAUGAUUGGACAGGGAGGUUUCGGCAAAGUUUACAAGGGAAUAUUAGGUGGCCAAGAAGUUGCAGUCAAGAGGCUAAGCAAAGACUCUCAACAAGGAACAAAGGAAUUCAGGAACGAAGUAAUUCUAAUUGCCAAAUUGCAACAUAGAAACUUGGUUCGACUUUUGGGAUGUUGUGGUGAGGGAGACGAAAAACUCCUGAUAUAUGAGUAUCUGCCUAAUAAGAGCUUAGAUGCCACCCUUUUUGAUGACUCGAGAAAAUUGUUGUUGGAUUGGGGGACACGGUUUAGCAUAAUCAAAGGAGUCGCAAGGGGACUUCUUUAUCUUCAUGAAGACUCAAGGUUGACCAUAAUUCACAGGGAUCUUAAAGCUGGAAAUGUUUUGCUAGAUGAAGAUAUGAAACCUAAGAUAGCUGAUUUUGGUAUGGCAAGAAUAUUUGGUGAUAACCAACAAAAUGCAAAUACCCAACGCGUUGUUGGAACAUAUGGCUACAUGGCCCCUGAAUAUGCAAUGGAAGGCAUCUUCUCUACUAAGUCUGACGUCUACAGCUUCGGUGUAUUACUACUAGAGGUCGUCACUGGCAUUAGGAGAAACUCUAACAUUCAGACGUCAAGUUUUCCUAGCCUUGCAGUUUAUUCAUGGAAUAUGUGGAAGGAAGGGAAGACAGGGGAAUUGGCAGACUCAUCUCUCAUGGAUACAUAUUCACCAGAUGAAGUUUUGCUCUGCAUCCAUGUUGGACUCAUGUGUGUGCAAGAAAAUCCAGAUGACAGGCCCCUGAUGUCAACUGUUGUAUUCGUCUUGGAGAACGGAAGCACCACUCUUCCAGCCCCAAAUCGCCCCGCUUACUUUGCCCGACGGAGCAUAGAAAUGGAGCAAAUUAUGGUUGACAUUCAGAGCUCUGUGAACGAUUGUACUCUUUCAGAGAUACAAGCGAGGUGA